UAUUAAUUAUUUGCAGAGAAUGCAAGAAAACUUGAGAAAGCUGAGAGAGAUCAACACUAAGCUGAGAAGAGAAAUCAGGCAAAGACUGGGUGAGGAUUUGAACGAUCUGAGCAUUGAUGAGAUGAGGAGUCUGGAGGAAAGAAUGGAUUCGGCUUUGAAGCUUGUACGUGACAAGAAGUACCGUUUGAUCGAAACAAAGACAGGAACCCAAAGAAAGAAGGUAAAAAGUUUAGAGGAAAGGUAUGGAGAUCUCCUUCAUGAAUUUGAUGCAAUUGCAAAAUGUGAAGAUCCACAAUACGUUUUAGUGGAGAAUGAAGGAGAUUAUGAAUCAGCUGUUGUACUUGCAAAUGGGGCUUCUAACCUUUAUGCUUUCCGCCUCCACAACGGCCAACACCCUACGGCUAACCACCACCCUACGGCUAACCUUCACCACGGAGGAGGGUUCGGACCCCAUGAACUCCGCCUUGCUUGAGUGGCGCUACGAGUCAUUUAAAAUUAUCAGUUUAAUCUAAUUAAUCUACUAUCAAACGUGUUUUUAUAUGUUCGGGUAUCAUUUAGAAUAAGAAUUUACAAUUCACUAUUAUCAUACAUAAAUUUAUGUUUUGGCUUAUGGUUUUGGAAAUAUAUUUGGCUAUCAUCUGUAUGCAUAUUUUGCUCUAUUGUCUAUGAAGCUUAUAAACCUUUGGUAUUUGGUUGGCUCAGAUGAGGGGAGCUAGCUUAAUAAAUUUUAUGAAGCAUAUGUUUCUGAUUAUUUUC